CUCUCUCUCUUUCUACAGAAAAGUGUGAAGGAGGGAAUCCUAUUAAAGCAGACGAGCUCCUUCCAGAGAUGGAAGAGGAGGUACUUCAAACUCAGAGGGAGGACGCUCUACUAUGCCAAAGACUGCAAGUCUCUGAUUUUUGACGAGGUCGACCUAUCAGACGCCAGCGUGGCUGAAACCAGCACCAAGAACAUCAACAACAGCUUCACGGUGAUCACUCCAUUUCGUAAAUUAAUGCUGUGUGCCGAGAGCAGGAAAGAAAUGGAGGACUGGAUCAGCGCUCUCAAAUCCGUCCAAAAAUGGGAAACUUAUGAGGCCAGUCAGUUCAACAUGGAGCAUUUCUCCGGGAUGCACAACUGGUACGCCUGUUCUCACGCCAGACCGACCUUCUGCAACGUCUGCAGGGAAGCUCUGCCGGGCGUCACCUCCCACGGCCUUUCCUGUGAAGUCUGUAAGUUUAAGGCUCAUAAGCGCUGCGCCGUCCGCUCCACCAACACCUGCAAAUGGACAACGCUGGCCUCCAUAGGAAAUGACAUCAUAGAAGAUGAAGACGGGGUGUCGAUGCCUCAUCAGUGGCUGGAAGGAAACCUGCCGGUCAGUGCCAAAUGUGUGGUGUGUGACAAGAACUGUGGCAGCGUGCGGCGGCUGCAGGACUGGCGCUGCCUCUGGUGCAAAGCCAUCGUACACAGCAGCUGUAAAGAACAAAUGGGGAAGGUGUGUCCCUUGGGUCAAUGUCGAGUGUCAAUCAUCCCUCCUACUGCACUUAACAGCAUCGACUCAGAUGGCUUCUGGAAAGCCACCUCUGCGUCGUGCUCCAGCCCCCUCCUCGUCCUCUGCAACUCCAAAAGCGGAGACAACCAAGGGGUCAAGUUCCUCCGCAAGUUCAAGCAGCUCCUCAACCCCGCUCAAGUGUUCGACCUGAUGAACGGAGGACCGGAGCUCGGCCUCCGCCUCUUCCAGAAGUUUGUGACGUUUCGGAUCCUGGUGUGCGGAGGAGACGGCAGCGUGGGCUGGGUGCUCUCAGAGCUGGAUAAACUCAACCUCCAUAAACAGUGCCAGCUCGGUGUGCUGCCGCUGGGAACGGGUAACGACCUGGCUCGCGUCCUGGGUUGGGGAGGCCUCUGCGACGACGACGCUCAGCUGCUGCAGAUCCUGGAGAAGUUGGAGAGAGCCACCACCAAAAUGUUGGACCGAUGGAGCGUGAUGACAUACGAAGUGCCGACCGUCAACAAACACUCGCCGAUAGUGAAGGAAGACGACGGCCUCGAUUCUCCUCUGCAGGUUCACAUCACUCAGUAUGCAGACUCCGUGGCCACUCACCUCGCCAAGAUCCUGGACUCGGACAAACACAGUGACGUCAUUUCCUCCGCCAAGUUUCUGUGUGGGACGGUGAAUGAUUUUGUGGCGGAGGUUGGGAAGGCGUACGAGAGAGCCACAGAGAACAAGGAGGAGGCCGACGCCAUGGCUAAGAAGUGCGCUCUGCUCAACGAGAAGCUCGACUCCCUCGUCAAGGCCUUAAGCGAGGAAGCGGAGGCUCAGGUGGUGCCAGCUGGAUCUGUGCCCAGCCAGGAGGGCCGUAGUCCGAGCCCCAGCGAAAGUGGUGGUGAGUCGGGCUCGGAGGGUAAAACGUACAGGUCCAAGGAGCAGCUGAUGCUCAGAGCCAACAGCCUGAAAAAAGCCCUGAGGCAGAUCAUCGAACAGGCCGAGAAAGUGGUGGACGAGCAGAACCGACACACGCAGGUGCAGAGGAUGCCGUCCUCGUCCUCCAUCAAAAGAGAAAACAGCGAGGAGCUGAAGGAUGCCGAGCCACGUAGUCAAGGAAGCUUAAGUCCGACUUCCCCCAUCGUCCUGGAGAAACCAGAAAGCCUCAACACUGUCACCUUCAAUGAGGACUCUGUACAAUGUUCAGAGAAGUGCGUCAUGAACAACUAUUUUGGCAUUGGAUUGGACGCCAAGAUCUCCCUCGAAUUUAACAACAAGAGAGACGAACACCCUAAAAAGUGCAGCAGUCGCACCAAGAACAUGAUGUGGUACGGAGUGCUGGGGACCAAAGAACUCGUCCAGAAGACGUACAAAAACCUGGAGCAGCGAGUUCAGCUGGAGUGUGAUGGAGUUCCCAUGUCCCUGCCGAGUCUCCAGGGCUUGGCUGUACUCAACAUCCCCAGCUAUGCAGGCGGUAUCAACUUCUGGGGAGGAACCAAGGAGGACAAUAACUUCGGCGCUCCGUCUUUCGAUGAUAAGAAGUUGGAGGUGGUGGCGGUGUUUGGCAGCAUGCAGAUGGCUAUGUCCAGAGUCAUCAACCUGCAGCACCACCGCAUCGCCCAGUGCCGCCAGGUGAAGAUCACCAUUUUGGGGGAAGAAGGAGUUCCUGUCCAGGUAGACGGAGAAGCUUGGAUCCAGCCGCCCGGCAUCGUCAAUAUCAUCCACAAGAAUCGGGCACAGAUGCUCACCAGAGACAGGGCGUUCGAGAGCACGCUGAAGUCGUGGGAGGACAAGAGGAAGAUCGACAGCUACUACCGUGACAGCAGACCUCGCCUCAACUCCCAGCAGUCCAUGGAGUACCUCACGGAGGAGGAGUGCGCUCAGGUGCAGCAGCUGGGCAUCGUGGCCGACACGCUCAUCAACAAGAUCCGUGAUGCAGCCAAGACCCACAAGCUGGUGGAGCAGGAGUUGGCUCACGCUGUCAACGCCACGGCCCUCGUUCUCACCGAGGCCAAACUGUCCAGUCCCGAGUGUCUGAGUCGCAGCACGGCCGUAGAAAUCGUGAACAGCAGUAAAGUCCUGCAGGCUGAAACCAGGAUGAUGCUCGACGGAAAACUACUGUCGGAGUGUCCCGAGGAAGAGGAGCUCCAGUCGACUCUGAACAGCCUCAGCGCCGAGCUCCACAAACUGGACGACAUCCACUGGAUCUGUCCGCUCAUGCAGUGCUCCGAGGAGGACUCGGUGAGGAGCAGCAGUAAGAGCAGCAGCAGCAGCAGCAGCAUAAAGCUGAAGAUCAUACCGAAGGUGAAGAAGGAGAGAGAGAAGCUCCACAAGCAGAAGUCCAACAGCUCGCUGUCAGGAACUUGGGAAGUCAAAGGUGGAGGUGCAGGUGAGGCGGACUCCUCAGGCAAUUGAAGACCUGCGUUGAGGUUCUUUAUUUCUUACGUACCGCCCCUCCUCCUCCUCCGUGUUACCGUGACAACCAACCGAAAAAGGGUGAGGAGGAGCGCACCCUUCCUGUCUUCCCUCCCCUCUAAACCGAGACGCCCAGCGGCCAAAACAAAGAGGUGUGAGGAAGACGAGGAGACCCAUCCAAUCCUCCCUGUUUGACUUCUUUGUCCUUCUUUUUUUUUCGUGUGUGCAAACAGGGGAGGAUUUUUCUUUCUUUUCUUUUCUUUCUUCUACGUUUUUUUUUAUUUAAAUUGUUUUCUUUUUAAAUCGAAGGGGCCUGGCUUUGCAUCGCAUUGUUUCAACCAUUGGCGUUUUUCUCGCUUUUUGGUUCGUUUACCUGCUUGAGCUCGGCAGUUUUUUGGCGCGGCUAGCCAAAAGAAGAGUUGUGAAAGACGACGUUCUCUCUCUCUUUCUUUCUUUUGUCUUUUCUUUUUUUUUGACAAAGAAAUGUGUUUACGCAGCGCUCUCCUUCUUUGCAUGACGAGUGCAGCCAUCUUAUUUUAUAUAUCUAUUAUUAUUAUUAGUUGUCGUUCUCUCUCUCUCUCUCUCUCUUUUAACUUUAAUUAUUUUAUUUGUGAACUUCUCAAAUAGCCUUUUUAGACUUCGGUUUCUUUCUCAGAGACUUUGUAAGAGUAUUUAUUUCUUGUUGCUACUGCCAUGAGACCCCCACACCCCCCCCCCCUCCCCCCACCACCGGCAACAAAUCAAACAAAAAUGAACAAACUGAAAAACAUCUCAAACCUUAUCGUCUACUGAACUGGAGAAUAUAUUUAAAUGUUGCAAAAAAACAAAAACAAAACAAAACAAAAAAAAUAAUACUGAGGAAUGUAUUUGUGUGGACUUGUAUUAACCUGUGAAUAAUGAUAAUAAUGUAACGAUAAAUCAUGUAAUGAUUUCACAAAGGUUCUACUGUUGUGGUUCUAAAAGUGGUUCUUAUAUAAAAAAUUAAAAAAUAGGCUGUUGUGUGACUUGUGUGGUCCGAGGCUACGCGGCCGUGCUGCAAAAAAAAACAACAACCUUAAAAACGUUUUUAUCGAUGAGUCAUUUCAUCUGUAAUUAAAAGAUCCGACUGCAGGAUUUUUAAAAAAGUGACGCGACUCAUUUAUUAUCAACAUCUGCAGACUGAUGAUUUACAUAAGAAAUAAGUUAAAAACUAUAUUUAUGUUUUUUUUCACUUAUUUUAAAGACUUGUUUUAAAGGUACAGUACCAGAUGAAAUGACUCGAUAAAGCCUGAUAUUUUUGGCGGAGUGAGGUGAAGGUGUUUCGAUAAAGGAGGAAGCAUCAAGGAUGUGUUAGCAAAAACCUUAAAAACUUAAAAAGUAUAAUACUCCUACUUUGCCAUACUUAUGAUUGUAUAUGUAAUAUAACAAUAAGAGUUAGUUGAUAUCUGAUUUUUUGCCUUGUCUGUGGUUAAAAGCUAUUAUUAUUAUAUUAUAAUUAUUAUAAUUAAUAUUAUUACAAAUACACAUAUAUAUAUAUAUUUUGUACAUUUUAUUUUCCCAAUGGUAAUCUGUGAAGCUGUCCUGGCUUUGCUGCUUCCCCCCUUUGACAAACUCCUUGGCCACUGUGCAUAUAAUCGAUUAAGCCAAUUAAUGCUGUUGUGUGUCCCUGCAUGCAUACUUAGCCUUCCUUCGCCUCGCAGUGGGAGGGAGCGGGCGGCUAAAGUUGCCUCAUAAUUGCGAAUAUUUAGCUUAUUUCAUUCCAACCAGCAGCAUUUGCAGAUAUUUCUUUAGUUGGUCGAGGUUUUGCUGCUUUUAAAAAGUGUAAUUCUGCUUUGUUGUGUUGCCCAAAUGUGGUUCAAUGACUAGCAGCAAGAUCUAUUAUUUGAUGCAUCUAUACGGCCAAAAUAAGCUAGUAAAAAGAUCUUUGAUACACGUGCUGCUGAGUGGAAAAAAACGGCUAAAAUAUCGAGGUUUCCGUAAACUUGAGGCAACUUCUAUCCAGGUUGUACAGUAAUGAUCCUUUUUAAGGAAUGUUUUGGGAGAAUUUGCUGCGAUACUGUGAGAUAGAUAAGAAGUUUAACGUGUAUUUGAUAGCCGUGUGAUUAGAAAAAAUAUCGUUCCCCCGUCGCGCUUAGCCUAGCUUAGCACAAAAAAACUGGAAGAAGCGGGAAACAUUUUACCAUCAGAAGUAAAAUAUGUCUUCCAGCCACGGGCCAAAUAUGUGUUAUUUACAUUUAUCCUGUUAGCUAUCAAACUAGUUAUCUGAUUUGAGGGUCAGAAAGUUUUGUUGUUUCUUUUUUUAGUGUUAGAAGCUACUCAAGCUAGCAACUUGAAUAUGACGACUGGAUUUCGUAGAGGCUUUAGGUUGUCAAGGAAAUACCUCCACUGUGUAAGCAAACUGCUUGUUUUAACCAUAUUUAUGAUUUCUGCACGUUAAAUAUACACAUUUACAAUAAAUAUGACAGCUUUUUAUUUAUAGGAAGGUACUUUUGACAGAGCUAGGCUAGCUGUUUCCCCCUGUGCUACUAGCCUUUAUGAUGAGUCAACACUUCACAAAGCUAACUCCGCACUGAAGAGAAAAGUAUAUUUUAUUUCUUAUCUAAGCAAAAACACACAUUUCUUUGCGUUUCGUUGAUCUGAACACAAGAAGACAGCCAAGACACACUGCCAUUCAACACCUGUGUCUUAUCAUGUUACUACCUACGACAUUUCUGCUAGAAGAUCAAAGAGCCCUGCGCACAGUUACUACGUGAGAUUUAUUUCGUAAAGGAUAGCUAACAAAACAAAAAAAUGCCUCAAGAGUUAUAAUAGACAUGUAACAGGCUUUUCCAAGUGUUUCGAUUGGCAGGUGCUGUCACCAUAACAACCACCACGUCUUGCAUUGUUGACGUAUUUACCUGUUACGUACUUGUCUAGGUCACAUCGGGACACAUUAGCAUUUUAAACAACAAAAGACGUGGUUUGAGCGAUGAAAUCACGAUGUUUCUUAGUAGUCGUUUACAUUUGUAUUUAGCGCUGUCCGCAUUUUUAAAACCAGGUGUCAACGGGGUCAGAGUAUUAUUUUAAAGAUUGUAAUAAGACAGGACGUAAUGUAAAAGUAUUGUUCGCUAAUCGAGAGCAGACCUGAGUCAAAUACCGGCUUAGUAGCUAGUGGUACGAAUGUUCGUUAGCUUAAAGGUUCGUCCCUUCCUUCCUCCCUCCCUUCCUUCUUCCUCCCUUCCUUCUUUCCUUCCUCCAUCCCGCUUUCUUCCUUCCUUCUGUCCUUCCUUCCUCCCUCCCUCCUUCUUUCCUUCCCUCCUUCCUUUCUUCCUUCCUUCCUUUCUCCCUUCCUUCUCUUUCUUUCCUCCCCCCUACCUUCCUCCAUUCCUUCUUUCCUUCCUUCCUCUUUUCCUUCCUCCUUCCUUCUUUCCUCCCUCCCUCCCUCCUACCUUCCUUAUUUCCUCCGUCCUUCCUUCCUUCCUUCUUCCUUCCUCCCUCCCUCCUUUCCUUCCUUCUUCCUCUUUUCCUUCCUUCUCCCUCCCGAUGCACCAUACUGUGAAAAUGGAGUUUUAGUGACACAGUGAAAAAGGUAAAUUAAAGUAUAAACAUCUCCUAGAUUCACAUUUACCUGAAGCUAAUUUGUUGUAAUGUAACUCCACAACAACAACAUCUUCAAACUACUACUAAAAAGUACCAAAAAAGACGUUAGCUAUCGGAAAUACACUUUGACUCAGGUCUGAGUAAGAUGGACGAAUUACGUGUUUCGAGCUUUUAACCUGGUUGUGACAUUCAUGAACAAGGCUGAAAACCUUUUAAAGGAUCAUUUCUGUGCUUUACCCCCCUCCCCCCCUCCCUUCUCUUCACCAUUCCUGUAAAGGGUCGGCUCUUGACUUUCUCAGUUAUUUACACGUUUAUCCGAUUUUAAACCCCAGAGCCGACCCUUCACGGGACACACACAAGGCGUCACUGUCGAGGCGACGUAGACGUAGAUCAACUCUGGAAGGAUUGUGCUACUGUAUCCAUAGUGUGCCGGCUAUACGCUCUACACCUUAGAGGCUUUAGUGGUGUCGUGCCAAGUUUGUACUUGAGUUCAGUCGGUUUAUGAUGAGACAUACAGGUUUGCGUGUGAGAGUGCGUGAGCUUUUACAUGCUUUUAACUUCGGAUGCGAAAGUUGUCGUAUGUCGUACAUUUCAAAGUUUACUGUAUCUUGCCUUGCACUUUACGAAGAAGCAAACUUAAUGGGGGGAGAAAAAAAGACAUUUGUGUGUAUGUAAAUGUGUGUGUGUGUGUGUGUGUGUGUGCUAAAGAUUAUAUGAGCGUUUACGAGUGUUUUUAUUUUUUUUAAAGAAUUGAUUUGAUGAUGAGAAUCUUUUAUUUAUGACAAAUGUAUAACGGACAAAAAGUGUGUUGAUAAAAAUGUAAUAUAUCUAACCAAACUUAAAAAAAAAGAAUGAUAAAUAUAUAGAGAUGCAUACACAAAUGUUUAUUACAUCCGUGGUUGUACGAUUACUCCCACAGCAGCUUGAGACCUCCCAUUUAAUGCCAAUGUUAUAUUAAAUGUGAUCACGUGUCAUUCCAAUGUUACGCCAAAUUGGUAUUGAAGUAGUAUUAAAAAAAAUAAAAAUGAAAAAUGUAAUCAAUGUUAAAGUUAUUCUGACUUUAAGCCAAAGUUGUUGAAAUUCUCCGUCAGUGUUAUACGGAUACUAAUGAAUAGUUUACACAAAAAAACAAAUACAAAAAAAAAAAACACGUCAUGUGUAAGCCAAUAUUUGGGUAAAAAAAAUAGUGUUUUUUUUUUUUAUUGCAAUUUUUGAGAUGGUCUACCUUUUUUUUCUUCUUUUUUUUUGCUUUAAUUGGCAUUUGUUGUGCUGAAAAGAAAGAUGUAUCACAUUUGGGGAAUUGUAUUGCCCAAAGUUGAAUGUUUUUUUUUUAAAUUUUCACAGCUUUUUUGUGAUAUUUUGUCUUUUUUUUGGGGACUAAAACUCUUCCAAGGAGUCACAUGGAGCUGAGAAACUGUAAUGAACCCACAGAAUUUACCGACACGCCACCAUGUUUGUGCAACAGUAUUCCAUAGACGACAUUUGUGAACGCACCCCCCCCUUUUGAUCUGAACAGCCUAUAUAUCGAGACUGUGUGCGCAAUGCUGGAAGCCAGACUAGAUGUUGCACGACUCUGUACGUUGCGAGGUGUUUUAUUGUGUUAUCGUGUGCAGUGUGUAACAAAGACUAAAGUCAGCGCAAAACCUUUGGAGAUUAAAUGAUUUAUUGAAGUGUGAAACUUG